AUGCUUUCCCUUACCAACCUUCUUCUGGUGGUGCCUGCGGCUCUUGCUGCACCUGUCUUACUGAAUACUAGGCAAACCGAUAGCAUAUCUGGCUCCUGGAUCGUUCGUGUCAACCAGCAGAGUGUACUGUCGGACGUCAUUUCUCAGGUCACAGCUGCUGCUGGAGCCGGUGCAACUAAGAAGCACACGUACGACUUCGGCGGCUUCAAGGGCUUCUCCAUUGACGGCGUUUCCGACUUGACCAGCAUUGUUGCCAAUAUCGCUGCCAUCCAAUCGAUAGAACGAAACACCGUUGUUCGAACAUCAGCUCUUGUCACCCAGGAUAAUGUUCCAUCAUACGGCCUAGCUCGCAUUUCUUCACGCAAGAACGGUGCAACCAGCUACAUUUACGACUCUUCUGCCGGCGCCGGAACCUAUGCCUACAUCAUCGAUACCGGCAUCAGGGAUACCCACGAAGACUUCGGUGGCCGCGCAACCUUUGGCGCCAGCUUCGUUGACGGUGAGCAAGGUGGCGAUGGCAACGGCCACGGUACUCACGUCGCUGGCACCACCGGUGGAACUUCAUAUGGCGUAGCCAAGAAGACUAACCUUAUCGCUGUGAAGGUACUUGGUGCAGAAGGAAGCGGCUCUAACGCUGGUGUCCUGGCUGGUAUCAACUAUGCCGUCAAGGAUGCUCAGUCCAAGGGUCGGAUUGGCAAGGCCGUUGCCAAUCUCUCCCUCGGCGGGCUCUUCUCACCCAUGACCAAUGCCGCAGUCACCGAAGCUGUGAAGCAAGGUCUCUUCUUGGCUGUUGCGGCUGGCAAUUCGGGUCUCCCCACCAUCACAUCAUCACCCGCAUCCGCGCCAGACGUCUGUACCGUCGGCGCCUCCGACAAGAACGACGCCAAAGCUAGCUACUCCAACUUCGGCCUUCUCGUCGACAUCUUCGCCCCAGGGACUAACAUCACCUCAGCCUGGAAGAACAGCGAUACCGAUACAAACACCAUCUCGGGAACUUCCAUGGCGACACCACACAUUACAGGCCUCGGCGCCUAUCUGCUCGGCCUUGAGGGGUCCCGCAACCCAAAGGCUCUAUGCGAGCGUAUCCAGGAGUUGAGCACCAAGAAUACGCUUUCCAGCGCAUUACUUAGCAAGAACUACCUGGCUUACAACGGGAAUGGACGUUGA